AUGGACGAACUGACAGACGCUGCUGCUGAUGGACACCUUCACAAGCUUGAAAGCUUCUUGCAAAGACCUCAAGAUCCAGACCUGGUUGACCACGAAGGCGACACGGCAUUAUUCCGCGCCUCGAUGCAAGGCCACACGGACGUCGUGCGCCUGUUGUUGGAGGCCCGCGCUGAUGUAGACAAGGCCCCUAAAGUGGGUGGUACGCCCCUCUUCGAGGCAUCUGACUUUGGCCACGCAGAGACUGUGCGCAUUCUGCUACAGGCCCGCGCAAAUGUCGAGACAGUUGAGGUCUUGUCUGGAUGCACGGCCUUCUUGCGCGCGUCUGUGCAUGGUCACUCCGAGAUCGUGAAUUUGUUGCUCGAAGCGCGGGCGAAUCCUGGA